CCCACCGACGGAACACGGAGGAACGGCGUCUCCUCCAUCAGACCUCCUCCUCCCCAUCUAUGCGACCCAGCGCCGCGUGAGGAGGACGAACCCACCCCGAACCGGACCGAGAUCUGAAGGGCGUCGGGCGCGAUGGCUAAUGCCUCCCCAGACCUGGACAACGCCGAAGCCCAGCGCCAGCUCAACAACAACAACCGACCAAUCAGUUCUGGGUUCUGGGAGACUGAGUGCACCAGCUCCAAGCUGUUCGAAUGCUCCCGGAUCAAGGCCCUGGCAGAUGAACGAGAUGCUGUUCAGAAGAAAACCUUCACUAAGUGGGUGAACUCCCAUCUGGCCCGAGUGUCCUGUCGUAUAUCGGACCUGUACAACGACCUGAGGGAUGGAUACAUGCUCACCAGGCUGCUGGAGGUGCUCAGUGGAGAGCUGCUGCCGAGGCCGACGCGAGGCCGAAUGCGCAUCCACUGCCUGGAGAACGUCGACAAAGCCCUCCAGUUCCUUAAAGAACAGCGGGUUCACCUGGAGAACGUCGGCUCCCAUGACAUCGUGGAUGGAAAUCACCGCCUCACACUUGGCCUCAUCUGGACCAUCAUCCUACGCUUCCAGAUCCAGGUGAUCAAGAUUGAAACUGAGGACAACAGAGAAACCCGCUCUGCCAAGGAUGCCCUGCUGCUGUGGUGCCAGAUGAAGACGGCAGGGUAUCCUGAGGUGAACAUCCAGAAUUUUACCACUUGCUGGAGAGAUGGCCUCGCCUUCAACGCCCUCAUACACAGACACAGACCUGACCUGAUAGAGUUCCACAAACUGACUCGUUCCAAUGCGACCCAUAACCUCCAGCAGGCCUUCAAUAUCGCCGAGCAGCACCUGGGCCUCACCAAACUCCUGGACCCUGAAGAUGUAAACACAGAAAACCCUGAUGAAAAGUCCAUCAUCACCUACGUGGUCUCCUACUACCACUACUUCUCCAAGAUGAAGGCUCUUAUUGUGGAGGGAAAGAGAGUUGGAAAGGUGUUGGAUAACUGCAUUGAGGCGGAGAAGAUCGUUAACCGCUACGAGGCUCUGGCGUCGGAUCUGCUCGACUGGAUCGAGAAAACCAUCGCCGUCAUCAGUAACCAGAAGUUCGCCAACUCGCUGACGGGUGUCCAACAGCAGCUGCAGGCCUUCACCACCUACUGCACCAUCGAGAAGCCCAUCAAGUUCCAGGAGAAGGGAAACCUGGAGGUCCUUCUCUUCACCAUCCAAAGCAAACUGAGAGCCAACAACCAGAAACCCUACGUGCCUCAUGACGGGAAGCUCAUCUCAGACAUCAACAAGGCCUGGGAGAGGCUGGAGAAGGCGGAGCAUGAAAGGGGCGUGGCUCUGCGCAAAGAGCUGAUUCGUCAGGAGAAGCUGGAGCUGCUGGCUCAGCGCUUUGACCAUAAAACCACCAUGAGACAAGCCUGGCUCAACGAAAACCAGAGGCUUGUAUCACAGGAUAAUUUCGGCUACGACCUUCCCGCGGUUGAGGCAGCGAUGAAGAAACACGAAGCCAUCGAGGCUGACAUAGCGUCGUACGAAGAGCGAAUCGGCGUGGUGGUGGAACUGGCGGCGGAGAUGGAGGCGGAAGGAUACUACGACAUCCGGCGAAUCUUGGCGCGUAAGGAGAACAUCCUGGGCCAGUGGAGUUUACUGAAGGAGCUGGUGGGAGGGAGGAGAACCCGGCUGGAGAAGAACCUGGCUCUGCAGAAGACCUUCCAGGACAUGGUCUACAUGAUCGACUGGAUGGAGGACACGCAGGUCCAGCUUCUGUCCAAGGACUUCGGGAAGCAUCUCCUGGAGGUGGACGACCUGCUGCAGAAACACAGCCUGCAGGAAGCCGACAUCACCGUCCAGGCCGACCGGGUGGAGACGCUCAACACGGCUGCCCUCAAGUUCACCACCAUAGAAGGUUACCAACCGUGUGACCCUCAGGUGAUCUGUAACCGUGUCAACCACGUCUCUUCAUGUCUGGAGGAGCUGAAACAACUGGCAGCGAAAAGACGAGCGGAGUUGGAGGAGUCGAGGCAGCUCUGGGCCUUCUUUCAGGAGCUGGAGGAGUCCGAGGUCUGGAUCCGGGAGAAGAGCUCCAUCCUGGGGGCUCAGGGUUACGGGAAGGAUCUGAGCAGCGUGUUGAGGUUGUUACAGAAACAUAAGACUCUGGCUGGAGAGCUGCUCGCCCACCGAUCGCUGCUGCAGAACACCAUGAAGCGAGGGAAGCAGAUCCUGAGUGAGAAGAGCUUUGGCACGGCGGGGAUUCAGGAGCGAAUCAUGGAGGUGAAAGGCGAGUGGAAGAGGCUGGAGGACCAGGCUGCCCAGCGCCUCGCCCACCUGCAGGAGGCGCUCAACUUCUUCCAGUUCUCCACGGAGAUGGACGACCUGGUGGCCUGGCUGCAGGACGCCUACCGCCUGGUCUCCAGCGAAGACUUCGGGCACGACGAGUACUCCACCCAGUCGCUGUUGAAGAAACACAGAGGGGUCAGCGAGGCCGUGGACAAACACCGCCUCCAUGUGGUGACGCUUCGCAAGCACAUGGUGGUUCUGCCACUGCAGUACCGCGAACAGGAGGAGGUCCAGGUCCGUAUGUCCGACGUGGAGCAGCUCUAUACUGAGGUGGCAGAGGUGGCCGUUCUCCGACAGCAGUGGCUUCAUGACGCGCUUGCCGUCUACCGCAUGUUCAGCGAGGUCAACGCCUGCGAGCUGUGGAUCGACGAGAAGGAGCAGUGGUUGGACAAGAUGGAGGUCCCAGAGCGGCUGGAGGACGUGGAGGUGGUGGCGCACAGGUUUGAGAGUCUGGACCAGGAGAUGAACAGCCUGAUGGGACGGAUCCUGGACGUCAACCAGAUCGUUCAGCAGCUUCUGGACGGAGGACAUCCUUCAUCCACGGAGGUCCGAGGAUGUCAGGACCACCUCAACUCCAGGUGGAACUGCAUCGUGGAGCUGGUGGAGCAGAAGAAGGAUCAGCUGGACUCGAUGCUGCGUCUGCAGAACUAUCUGCUGGAAUGUGCUGAGAUCAAGUCCCAGAUCCAGGACAAGAGAAAAGCCAUCGACGCCACCCAGUACGUGGGCAGUGACCUGGGAGGAGUCCUGGCCCUGCAGAGGCGUCUGUCCACCAUGGAGGGCGCUCUGUCGGUUCUGGAGCCCAAACUUCUGCAUCUACAGGAGGAGGCGGAGCAUCUGGCUACGGCCCACCCCAGUCGGGCCAUGGAGGUCCUGGUGCCGUUUGAUGGGAUCAGCGUGGAGUGGGAGGAGCUAAAGCGGACCCUUCAGGGAUGUGAGGACUCGCUGAUGGUGGCGAGUCGAUUGCAGAGCUUCAUACAGGACCUGGACUCAUUCCUCACCUGGUUGGUCCAGACUCAGACAGCUGCAGCUUCAGACCAGCUUCCCAACGACCUGGAGGAGGCGGAGAGGCUCAUCAACAAACACGCCGCCCUCAAAGAGGAGAUCGGACGGUACGAGGAGGACUACGAGCGGCUGCAGGCCAUGAACGAGCUGCUGGAGUCGGAGGAGGCUCCUCUGCCUCAGGCCGCCCUCCAGCAGUGGCUGCAGAAGCUGGACGUGGGCUGGAACAAACUCCUGGAGAUGUGGGAGUCCAGGAGGGAGGUGCUGGUCCAGGCCCACAUCUUCCAUCUGUUCCUGAGGGACGUCAAACAGGCCGAGUCCUUCCUCAACAACCAGGAGUCGGCCCUCGCCCACGUGGAACUUCCCACCACGGUGGAAACGGUCGAAGCCGCCAUAAAGAAACACAAAGACUUCACUACGACCAUGGAACUGAACCUGCACCGAAUCAAAGCUGUGAUCGAGGCCGGAGAGAGUCUGAUCAGCCAGAGCAACAUCUACUCGGAACGCAUCAAGGAACGCAUCGACACCCUCGCCAACAGGGGGAACCAGAAUAGAGAACUGGCUCAGCAGUGGCUGGAAAAACUGAACGACCAAUGGGAGCUCCAGAGGUUCCUCCAGGACUGUCAUGAGCUCGGGGACUGGGUGUGUGAGAAGAUGCUGAUGGCGAGGGACAGCAGUCGAGACGAGACCCAGAAGCUUCACAAGAAAUGGCUGAAGCACCAGGCGUUCAUGGCCGAGCUGGCCCAGAAUAAGGAAUGGCUUGACAAGAUUGAGAAGGAGGGCCAGCAGCUGAUCCAGGAGAAGCCGGAGCUGAGCCCGGUGGUUCGGAAGAAGCUGGAGGAGAUCCGGGAGUGUUGGCAGGACCUGGAGAGCACCACCCAGGCCAAAGCCCGGCAGCUGUUCGAAGCCAACAAGGCCGAUCUGCUGGUGCAGAGCUACGAGAGCCUGGACCAGAGGCUGGGCCAGCUGGAGGGGCAGCUGGCCUACGUGGACCAGGGUCAGGACCUGACCACGGUCAACAAGCAGCUCAAGAAACUACAGACCAUGGAGGCCCAGAUGGAGGAGUGGUAUAAGGAGGUGGGGCAGCUCCAGGUGCAGGCGGCGUCCAUCCCCCCGCAGACCCAGGUGAAGGGGACGGUUGCCGAGCGACAGUCGGUCGUCGAGGCCCGGAUGGUGCGUCUGAUUGAACCGCUGAAGGAGAGACGACGUAUCCUACUGGCAUCGAAGGAAGUUCACCAAGUUGGACGUGACUUGGAGGAUGAGAUUUUGUGGGUGCAGGAGCGCCUCCCGAUGGCCAUGUGUCAGGAACACGGCUCCACGCUGCAGUCCGUCCAGCAACUCAUGAAGAAGAACCAGACCCUUCAGAGGGAGCUGCAGGGCCACCGCAGCAGGAUGGAGGACGUCCUGGAGAGGGCGGCGGUCAUCGCCUCCAUCCGCAGCCCCGAGGCCGACUGCAUCCGGGCGGGUCACGACCAGCUGGCCCAGCUCUGGACUCUGCUCUGGGCUGAGACCGAGAGGAGGCAGCUGGUCCUGGACGCCAUGUACCAGGCCCAGCAGUACUACUUCGACACCGCUGAGGUGGAGGCGUGGCUUAGCGAGCAGGAGCUGCACAUGAUGAAUGAGGAGAAGGGGAAGGACGAACCCAGUACGCUGCAGUUGCUGAAGAAACACUUGGUCCUGGAACAGACCAUCGAGGAUUACGCCGAGACCAUUGGCCUGUUGUCGCAGCAGUGUCGGCAGCUGCUGGAGAUGGGACAUCCAGACUGUGAACACAUCAGUAAACGCCAGUCGCAGAUCGACCGUCUCUACGUGUCUCUGAAGGACCUGGUGGAGGAGAGGAAGAGUCGUCUGGAGCAGCAGUACUGGCUCUACCAGCUCAACCGGGAGGUGGACGAGCUGGAGCAGUGGAUCGCCCAGAGGGAGGUGGUCGCCAGCUCGCCCGAACUGGGCCAAGACUUCGAGCACGUCACCGUUUUGCAGGAGAAGUUCACAGAGUUCGCGUCGGAGACGGGCAGCGUGGGUCAGGAGCGAGUGUCGGCCGUCAACCAGAUGGUAGACGAGCUCAUCGACUACGGCCAUUCGGAGGCCGCGACCAUCGCCGAGUGGAAGGACGGCGUGAACGAGGCCUGGGCCGACCUCCUGGAGCUCAUGGAGACCCGGACGCAGAUGCUCGCCGCCUCCCACCAGCUGCACAAGUUCUUCUCCGACUGCAGAGAGGUUUUGGCUCAGAUCGAGGACAAACACCGCCGGCUGCCGGAGGUUCGGGCUCGUCAGGGCAGCACGGCCAACACUAGCACCCUGCAGAGACUCCUGCACAGCUUCGAACAGGACAUCCAGCUGCUGGUCACUCAGGUGCGUCAGCUGCAGGAGAGCGCGGCCCAGCUGAGGACGGUCUAUGCCGGGGAAAAGGCCGAAACCAUCGCCUGCCACGAGCAUGAGGUGAUGCAGUGCUGGAAGGAGCUGCUGACGUCCUGCGAGGAGUGUCGGCUGCAGAUCACCACGGAAACGGACAAGCUGAGGUUCUUCGGGAUGGUCCGGGAUCAGAUCAUGUGGAUGGACUCGAUCAUCUGUCAGAUCGGGACAGGAGAGAAGCCCAGAGACGUGUCGUCGGUGGAGGUUCUGAUGAACUAUCACCAGAGUCUGAAGAGUGAGGUGGAGGCUCGAAGCCGAAGCAUCCUGGAAUGCAUCGAGAUGGGCAAGACGCUGCUGGCCGCGAGGAAUCCUGCUGCCGAGGAGAUCAAGGAGAAACUGGACAAGGUGAUCGCUAAGCAGCAUGAACUCUUAGAGAAGUGGGACAAGCACUGGGAAGUCCUGCAGCAAUUGUUGGAGGUCCACCAGUUUGCCCAGGAGGCUGUGGUGGCGGAGGCGUGGCUAACGGCGCAGGAGCCUUUCAUCAACAGCAAGGAGUUGGGCUCCAGCGUGGAUGAGGUGGAGCAGCUGAUUCGUCGACAUGAAGCCUUCCGCAAAGCCGCCGCCACCUGGGAGGAGAGGUUUAGCUCUCUGCGACGACUCACCACGGUGGAGAAGCUGCGAGCGGAGCAGAGUAAACUCCCGCCGACCCCUCUGCUGGGGCGUAAAGUCUUCCUGGACCCCCAAGAUGCCUCAGCGUGUCCGUCCACCCUCCCCCGCCUCCCCAUCUCCCCCGUCAUGAGACAGACCAUCUAUGAACAGAAUGAAGCCAGCCCUCCCCCCUCGCCCUCGCCAGCCACGCCCACCCCCUCUCCAUCGUCAGUGGCUCGCCGGCUCGGGUCGACUGUCGCCAACUACACCCCGGUGAUGAACGGCUCCAGCUACCGUCACACCCUGGAGGCUCGGCACGCUGGCGUGGUGGGCGUCGCCGCAGGACUGGGCCAGCCCGCUCCAUCCUCCAUCGCCUCAAUCGCAACGGCAGCGAUGCUAGUCUCAGCCAAUCAGGCACGAGAAAGCACCAGUGCGGCGAGGGAACAGGUGACGAAGGCAAUGAGCCACCUCCAGCCAGUACAGGCGGCGAGGGACCUGAAGGUGGACUCAUCUCCGUAUCUACGGCAACCCAAAAUCAAACACCUGGACGACGCGGUGACGCCGCUGCUCGUGGCGAGUCGCCUGGAGAAGGCGAGGGAGAGAGGGAGGGAGCGGGACGUGAUGAUGGGCGAGAUAGGCACCGAGCGGGCGGAGGUGGCCGUCAUGGCCGAGGUGGUGCUCCAGGACCCCACUCGGGAACGGCUGCACAGCGAGCCCACUAGGGGACCCCGGGGGUCCAGAACCGACCCGUUGGUCCACGCAGAACCCCAGGUCCAGACCCACGGGUACCACCGGGAACACAGGAUAGAACGGCAGCUGUCCAGCGAGCAGCUGAUCCAGGCUCGAAGGGACGAGCUGCCUCAGGAGGUUUGGAGGGAACAGGCCGAGCGGCGAGAGAGGCGGACCCUGGAAAGGCAGACGUCCAGCGAACAGGAGGGCCACGGGGGUCACGAGGGCCGGCGGAGGGAGAGGGACCGCCACCGACUGGAGAGACAGGAGUCCAGCGAACAUGACCGGGAACAUUCAGACCGGCGCUCAGGAGGAGGAGAGAAGAGAUCCACGAUGGCGGAGAUCGUAGAACAGCUGCAAGAAAGAGAAGCUGCUCAGGCCCGUGGUGAGGUGCCCCGUCUGCCUAAUGGGAUACCAGAGAAGUCUUCCCGUCCGGACCGGCCUCGAGCUCGGGACAGACCCAAACCACGGCGCCGACCCAGACCCAAAGAGGCAGGAGAGACGACGAGGCGGUCCAGGUCGGCCCCCGCCCAGAGUAGCCCUGCAGUCCCCCAGCCCCCGACCCACACCGCUCACCAUGAGGGCUUCCUGUUCCGCAAGCUGGACAUCGAGAGCCUGAAGAAGAGCACCAAUAGCAGGUCAUGGGUCAACCUGUACUGCGUGCUCAACAAAGGGGAGAUGGGUUUCUACAAGGACGCCAAGAACAUGUCCACACCCUACAACAACGAACCGCUGAUCAACCUCUCCCACUGCCACUGCGACGUCACCAACGGAUACAAGAAGAAGAAGAACGUCUUCACGCUCAAAACGAAAGACGGCAGCGAGUUUUUGUUCCAUGCGAAAGAUGAGGACGACCUCAAAGCCUGGGUGACCAACAUCACCACCAGUAUUUCAGAGCACGAGGAGAUUGUCAAAUGGGGUCAGCCCCAACCAACUACCUCAUCCACAGACGAGGGCACGCGGCGCGACGGCAGCAAGGCCGACAACCGGUCGGAUCGAGGCGGCGAGCGCUCGGACCGAGCCGAUCGAAUCGAGCGAGCAGAAAGGGAAAGGGAGAGAGAGAAAGAGAAGGAGAGGGAGAGGGGCGAGCGGUCCGAGAGGUCGGACCGAGGCAAGUCGGACGCCAAACGCUCCGAAAAGUCCGGGAAAAAGAAGUGAGCCGGGUAACGAUGGCGUCCAGGAUUGAAGCGUAUGAUGAACUCUGGAAAAGGAGGCGGGGCUGUAGACUGGUAGGUAACGCCCCCCUUGCUUCUCUCCGCCUCCAACACCGUCAACAAACUGGAUGUGUUCGGACGGAACGCGACCGGAUGGAUCUGGAGCAGGGGAUGAUGCGUUUCUCCCUCUCUCUUUUUCUCUCUCUCUUCUUCUCUGUCUCUGUGAGAACACACGGCGUUAACCGGAGCUCCGCCCGUGUCGCCGCCUGGUGACUGUGUCAGAGAACUGCAGGGGGCGGGGCUUUGUGCUGCUGGAGCCGCCCUCCGGCAGCUUUAAUUUAAUGUGCGAGCGAGACACAGACAAGGCUGUUACUGAUUUGCUGGUAGUGCGAAACAAACGUAGCUCAUACUGUCCCAUGUUGGUUUUUCUAUGAUGAGCUGUGUCUGUAUGUAUUCCUCGUCUGUCUGUCUGUCUGUCCUAUCUAUCUGUCUGUCUGUACGUCCAGACAUCCUACACUAUGUCUUAUUACACAAACAGAAUGGAACCAUGCCAAAAUGUUUUACACAACUCUUUCAUGUACUGUUCUCUCCACUCUAUCUGUCAUGGAAUAUGUACCGGAGACUGGUUUAACGGAACAGAAACAGCUGCUGUUGUAGAAGGAAAGGAUUCAGAGACAGAAGAGUAGAAACGGACCUGAGUCCAAACCAAACAAACGCACACUAUGUAGAAUUUCUGCUGUUGUAUAUGUGGUUAAGUGGUACUGGGCUAAAAAUCUUACCACGAUUUUAAAAAUUUACAUCAGUUUAUAGUGAUAAUUGUCACGAUAACUGUCAAAUACUUGUUUUUUUUCUACAUUAAAGACAGAUUUUUGGUCAUAAUGAAAGCUGAGGGAGGCUUUUAAACACUGAAAAUACUGAACAUGACCUGAAUGUAACAAUAUAUAUUCAGUUACUUGUCAGUGAAAAGUGACUACAUUCACUCACACUGUAAAUGCUGGUAAUGACAGAAGCAGAUCUGAAGUGUGCAGUAAAUAACAUCCUUUGCUGUUGUUUUGAUGGAUUGAAUCCUGUCACUGCCUGAUUUGACCAAAAACCUCAUUUACUCUGUAUGUGUGAAAAUGCAGCUACUUUCUCAGCUACUGUUUUAUCAGAUUCAGGGAUUUAAAUAAACGAAUGUUGUCUUCGGUCUCAAUAGGUAAAUUACAUAAUAUAAAUAACAAUUGAAGAUAAUGCUUUUAACAAAAAAAAUUAAGAUAAGCUAGCAAGAUAACAGCAGCUAACAGUAGCUAGUUAGCUUGUCGCUUCCUGUUUUGUAGCGGAAACUAUUUGUUCUGCAAAUAUGCAAAAAUAGUACUUCUAAGUUAUGUACCACAGUUUCUUGGACAUGAAUAAAAUAAAUAUGAUUGUUUUAUAUGGUUUUAGCUGUUUUUAAUGGAACAUCAAAUACAUGUACCCUUUUUCAGUCAAAUCAACAAAUGUUAGCUAGCAAGCUAAACACAAAAAACAUUAGCUAGCAAACUAAUAGCAACUUACAAGUUCAGUUAGUCUAAGAGAAAUGAAAAACAGAUUCAGUCAGAAAAAUAAUAAAGAUUCAGUGCUUUUGAGAAAACUGCCCCGGUUUAUUAAAUUAAAAGAAAGCACAGCUAAUCAGUUAUUUCAUUAGCACCAUAUGUUAGAUUUGCAUCCUCUAUUUUGCUGUAAUAUUAGUAAUAAUUAGUUUUGAAAAAUAUUAAAUCUAGAACAUUUUACUUCUAAAUACUUGCGACAGUAGUUAAUAUUACUGUAUAUGUGUAGAACAAAUCAGGUUUCUGGUACGGAAUUAAGUAGUGACAGCGUUAAAAGCAGCUAACAUUAGCUAAUGAGCUAACAGCAGAUUUCCAGUCCCAUCAAAUACUGAGCUAAAAUGACUCGAAGUUCAAGUUAAUUUAAAAGAUUUCAUUCUGUUUAGAAACAAUUUGAGGCUGCAGCUCCAGAAUGCAAGUAUGUAACUGAUUAAUAAAGAAAAAUAGCUGAUCUCUGCAAAUAUAUUACAUGUUUUUUUACAAAACAAAAAGGGUAUUUUUAAUAAGAAUUUAUUUGUAUAUUUCACAACAAAGAAUAGAAACAGACAUGAUUUUUUUUAGUCUAUAAUACACAGUUUUUGGUUUGUUUGUUUUUUAAAUACUGAUGACAGGAAGUAGCUAUAUUUUUGCACAUACAGAAGAGAUUGGUUUUGAUAUGUUAAUGAAUAUAUACUGCAGAAAAUACAUACUGUGCGUUUAAGAAAGAAGUAACUGAAAAAUGUCCAAUUACCUGGAACGUCAGCAUCAAAACUGACCUGAUUUACAUCUAAACAUAAAGAUUUGCUUUCCAUUCAUACAUGUGUGGAUGAACUGGGUGUUUCCAUAUGGUCACUACAGUAAAGACAGAGACAGACAUACAGAUCUGUAUGGAAACACAGUGCAUUCACUAAACCGAAGAUUUACACACAUUAACUCUUCGUUAUGACACGACUUAACUCGAGUUAUUAAUUAUCGUCACAUAACAUGGAGUCUACUGGACGACACAUGAACAGAGUUUUGUUUUUUGCAAAAUAUCAGACACCAUAAUCCAUUAAAACACCACUUAUUUUACCCAAAUUAAAUAAAAUCCAGUGCUCACUGCAACAAAACUACAAUGUUCUAGUAAAACAGGUCAUUUUCUAGUAGUAUCUUUAAUAAAUACAAAUCCAACCUUAUAUGCAUAUAUUUUUUCAACCUGUUCCCUUUUGUGGUUUGUUAAAAACACAACGCUGAGACAAAUUAGACCAAAAAAUAAUACUUUAUAAACUAUUGGAAACUCCACACCCAGUGUCUCUGCAGAAAUAUUCAGACUUUUGGACAAAUACAGUUGAAGUCAUAACUUUCAGUGGUUGAUAAUGAUAAUCUCUAUGUUAUGUUUUAUUUAUUAAAGAAAUAUAAAAGCACAGACCUCCAAACCAGACCAUUUAGAGAUCUGUGACAUGAUGAUUUGGGUCUGAUUUUAGUGCUGCUUCUUCCAUUUAAUAUUUGUAUUUUUAUGUAAAGUUCACUUUUGUUUUUAUGUAGAAUCCAUGUUUUAUGACAACGACUGAAAACUAGAUUUAACUUUUGUCAUUUUGUUUAGUGAAUGCAUUUGCUUCAAAACAUGUAAAUAGUUUUAUUCUUUACUUUUACAUUUUGAUUCUUCUUGAAAAAAACUGAUAAAACAUUUUUAUCCUGGAUUAUCCUGGACAAGCUAAUUAUUUUUACCCCAAGCAAAUUAUUCUUAUUAUCUGGAUCCAUAAGUUUGACAUUUGGCUUUUUCCAAAGCACAAAAUCAUCUCCUGGAGUGUUUGAACAAUGACUGAGGCCUUGUCUACUCUUCUGUUCUCUCAGAAAAGACCAACGCUCAAACCCGUCCCUGCGUCGUUUCCGUUUCUUGUUUGCGCGGAUUUUUUGCGUGACGCUGCUCUCCGCUCCCAGGGUCUCCAUAGCUCAGGUUCUUUAUGUUCAUGUGUGCUUUUAACGUGUGCUUCUAUAUGUUCGUUCCCUCAGACGCCGCCUCAGUCUUCCAGACAUGUCCGACCUCCGCACACACACACACACACACACACAAACACACACCUCACAGAGUGUGAACCGCCAUCCCAUCAGCGUGGACAGGACGAAUGAAUGAAACGAGCCGACACACACCACUCAGAGCCAGAUUAGAUCGACCAAAUAUCUCCAGAAGAGGGUUUCAACCGUCUGUAAACUGUCAGAUUUGCAUGUUUUGCUUGGAGAGAAACCACACGUUUGUCGUUGCAGCCCCACCGACUCCUCAUCCACACCAUUUCUUUUCCCUGUAAAGUCACCACAAAGCCAUAAACGACAAUAAAAAAUAAAGAAAUUAAAGAAAGGAGAGAACCAGUAAAUGCAGCUGGGGCUUAUUUAAAGCUGCAGAGGCUAAAAAAAAUAUAAAAAUAAAAAACAGUUUCCAGAUCAGAUAGCAUUCAGAUAGAGUGUGAAUGCUGUUUUGAUAUCACUGCUACUGUAUGUAGAUUUUCUUUACGAUGUGUUUGGUUCUUUUGGUUGAAUUUCCUCGAUGAGUAGAUAGUUAGAGCCCAAGACUCCCUUCCAGAGUUUGUUUUGUAUUUUCAGGAAUCAGUUUUAACCGCAGUGAAGUCAAUGGAGUGAAGGUUAAUCAGCUGCUCUGGUUCGACUUUUUAUUAAACUCUCUCCUGACUUGGGUUUCUCAUUGAACACGUCUUGAGAACUGUAUUUAUUUUUUUAUAUUCCUUUGGUUUUUAAACACAUUUUAUGCAUCUCAAUUAGGUGUGAAUGCCAGAUCAAUGCAAUCAUUUACUUGCAUGUUGGACACAACAAACAGUCAGAGUUGAAAGAGGUGAAUUUUUUUUUUGGAAUGAGCAGAACUACCACAUGUGACACCGUCCAGUCCUUUGCUGCAGGAUUCGGAGCUGAACAGAAAAUAAAACGGACGCACCUCGUUGCUGUUGAUGCACACAGGACAGAUGACGCAGGGCGUAAACGCUGUUAACGAAGCAGACGUGAAGGUCAGACGGACUGAAACGCAGAAGAUGUGGAGUUAAUGUGAGGAAUGAGCGUAUCCUGCCUGUCUGUGUGUCUGUUCUGUUCACGUCAACCUCAGUCUGUCAGAUCAGAAUAAAUAAAAUACCUUUUGGUUUAUCAUUCA